AUGAUUCUUGCUGUGGCAAUAAACCCGGAUGUGAAAGUGAACAAAGGACAGACAAUAGCUCUUACAUGUGAAAUUGAUGUGAACGGAGUGUUGAAAAGAGACAUCACAUGGUCAAAAAAUGGAUCUCCAAUAACAGCAGGAAUUUCAGAAGACAAGUUGGUGCUGAAGGUACGCAACGCAGAUGCUCCUGAUGGUGGAGCAUAUUCCUGCCAAGCUGUGAAGAACGGAAAAUCAGAUACUGCUGACUUUAACGUUGCUGUUGAGAUACCUGUAGUUCCCAGGCUGACAGUCAGUCCUGCUAAGUCGAUCUUGAAUUGCAAGAAAGGCAAAAGAGGAUGUAAAGUUCAGUUCAAAGUCAAAACUACAGAUGGCUCGAAAGUUACCAGAAAGAUGGUAAAGAUAUGUAAGUUAGAGAAUGGUGUCAGAAGCCAGUGCAAGAACGGAAAAGGCAAAAAAGGUUCAUACAAGCUUAAACUUAGCAAGAAUGUGGAGGAUAGCAGUUACAUUUGUGUGGUUACACUUGAUGGUAAAGAAUAUGUCUCUGACGCAGCAUCAGUAAAAGUCCAAUAGUGGGGAGUGGUAGAUAAAACGAAGACGGUGAUGGUAAUAGCAUUACUAUACCAUACAAAAAAUAUUUUAAAAAGAAAACUGAAAAAGCUGACAGCCUUUGCAGAGAUGAAGAAAUCUGUUUACGUCUAGAUCAGAACAAUGCAUUAAAAAUACAAAAAAAUUAGCUAUUAAUGCAAAAAAUAACUUAUGAAAAUCCAAUUUUUCUAAAAUUUAGCUUUUAUUGUUUAACAUAAUUAUGGGAAAAAAUGGAAUUAUUGUUACAAUUAUAUUUUAUUUUAA